AAAGGAAACAAAUGUUAAAGAAGAUAAAGGAAAAAGAUAAUAGUAGGAAAAGCUUCUUUUAAAGAGAAUCUAAUGAAUUUUUUGAGUCCAUGAUCCAUAUCUUGAACAAAAACUUUAUAUAAGGCUUGGAGAGACACAUUGUUUGGUAACAAGAUAGUGUGUGAGUUGAAGCACUUAAUUGUGAGAAUGUCCAACAUGCAAAUUGUCCCAGCUUACAAGACCAUUGUGGAGGCACAGUAUGUUGAAAUGAGGGUACCCUUGUAUUCUUAUGGCUGUGAGAAGAAAAUCAAGAAAAGCUUAUCAAGUCUCAAAGGCAUAUACUCAAUAAAUGUGGAUCAUUAUCAACAAAAGGUGACGGUUUGGGGAAUUUGCAACAAAUUUGAUGUGUUACAAACAGUUAGAAGCAAGAGAAAAGAUGCUUGUUUUUGGAACCAAGAAGACAAUGUUGCAUUAGAAAAUUCACAAACACAAUCCUCACCAAUCCCAUUACCAACUUUUCCUCACAAAGAUUUUAAGCCUUCUUUAUCUUUAACUAGGGUUAGGUCUCUAAGUUUGAAGGCAUGGAAAAAGGUCUUCACUAGAUCAUAUUCUUUCUAAGAUGAAAAUGUGAAUUAGAAGAAGAGAGCAACAAUAGUUUAAUAUGUUUUGCCUCUAUAAAUUUUAUAAAAAUUAAAAACAUAUUUAAUCUGAUUAACCAUAAUUAAGUAUCUUCUUAAAGUUUAUGUGUAAAUUCUGUAAUGGUUGUAUUGGAUAUAUUUUCUUGUUCUAGCAUUUGGUUUCUUAAUUUUACUUUGCACUGUUUUUUUCCUUCUUUUCAUGUAAUGCAAUUUGGCUUUCUUAUAUGAAUUUGGUAAACAUCAUUAUGAUGAUGCCUCUACAAAUUAGAGAGAGUCUAUAUGCUAUAAAAAUCAACCACUUAUUAUA